GUGGUCAAUCAAUAAACUCGAAUCCAUUAAAAACCAUCAUGAUUUUGACAUCUCAACCGGAUUCUUUCUGCGAGGCAGACGAUGAUGGCACCCACAUCCGAUGUCGGAUCAAAAUGUUGAAGAAGAACCCUCUUUGUUGUGCCGAUAAUUAAAGUAUUCAACAACAACGCAACGACCUCCAAGAAAAAUAACCGCGCACAUUCAUUUCAUACAAUGCGCAGCCUUGCAGAAACGAUGAAGCUGUUAUUGCUGGGAGUCAUUGUUUGCGCUGACGUCGCCGAUCGCGUUGCGGCGUUUGCGCCGACAUCGAAAUCAUCGGCUUGCGCUACGAAUUCUCUCUCGAGUUCUUCGUCGCUUCCGAGGAGGCGAAGGGUUACGGAUGUCAACCGCAACCCCAUCGGCGUAAUGCCUACCGUCACCACAAGCUCAACUUCUUUAAGCGUGUUGCUAGACGUCCCGGACCACUUUUUUCUCUUCUAUUUCCCAAUGCUUGGAAUCUUGCUGGACCUGUCCAAAAAGUUUGCUCGUUUUCGCCUGGAAGAGUCGGCAUGGGAGCAACGUUUAGAAGAGGCACGCGAAAAACGCCUGCGCGAGGAUCCGACUCUGACCGAGCUCGAACUGAGGAGGAAAGAAGCCUCUCUUGAAUGGAGUGCGUAUGGAAAACCACGCCGGCAGGAAGAAGAGCAAGAAAGGGCCAUGAGAGAAGAAAAGGAAAGAGGAUACAGCCGCGUGAAAGUGAGGGAGAGGGAGUACGACGAUGACGACGAGUAUAGCAGCAAUCGAACCUAUCAAAUGAGUGACGAGGAAAUAAAUCAGUUUGAACUCGAGUACGGUCUCGAAUACGAUCCGUACUACGACGACCCGUAUUCGGAAGACGAGCUCCCGGAUGACAUAAAUUUCAACGUUGACAAGAAAUACGGGGAUCGCAUCUAUGACAAUGGAGAAAUUUUCUACAAAGAAAAAGAAAGUGGGCUGUUCUACAGACAAGGAGCUAAACCAAGAAAUCUCUCGUUCUGGUAGACCUAGCAACAACCAGCCAUGCAAAUCGAAAACAUGUAGGACCCAGUGGGAUGGCUUUUUUCAAAAAAAGGAAAUACCAAAGGAGCACAUCCAAGAAGUAUAAGGCACCGUACAAACAAGAAGAAACCGAGAAAAAUCCGACUUCAAGUCACCUUCUURCCAUUAUAUAAUAUAUAAUAUACGUCGUCAUUAAGUCAAACGAAUGAAUAGACAAGGCUAUAUAUAAUAUACAGCAUUUUUGAAU